AUGAGGCAGAGUGCAGCAAUAGCUUAUCGUCCACAAGGGAACGGCAAGGCCGAGCGGGCGGUGCAAACCCUGAAACGAGCCCUGAAGAUGUAUGUUGCAGAUGUCAACCAGCAAGAUUGCGACGACUACGCAGAGCGGCUGAUGUUUGCGUUGGAUACGGCACAUGAUCGAGUGAGAGGAGAGAUGUCGUUCUUUCUGGUCCAUGGAAGGGAUCCGCGGUCAACACUCGAAGCGGUUAUUUCGGUAGUAUUGACACGUCGCCGCGAUCGCGAUGCACGAAGGUGGGCCUUGUUGUACGAAUACGAUCGUGGGCGUGCCAGCCGCAACCGUUUCAAUGUGAUGCAAUCGCAUGAAGAGGGGACGGAUGCUGAUUAA